UGGCACCUCCUCAUCAUGACUACCUUCUUUGAAUACCUUUGCUUUCACUUCAAACCCUCAGUCCUCCUCCUGACCUAUGAUUUGGCAGCAUACCACAGAAUCCCUCUCACUGUUGCUUAUCUUUGUCCAGGUGCUGGGCAUCCCAUGAAGCCACAUCGCCUGUCUCUCACCCACAGUUUGGUUCUACAUUAUGGACUCUAUAAGAAAAUGAUGGUGUUCAAACCCUAUCAGGCCUCUCAGCAUGACAUGUGUCGGUUCCACUCUGAGGACUACAUAGAUUUCCUGCAGAGAGUGAGUCCCAAUAACAUGCAGGGUUUCACCAAGAGCCUGAACACCUUCAAUGUUGGAGACGAUUGUCCUGUGUUUCCAGGAUUGUUUGAGUUCUGCUCAAGAUACACAGGAGCUUCUCUACAAGGAGCAACACAAUUAAACAACAAGGUGUGUGAUAUCGCCAUUAAUUGGGCUGGAGGACUUCAUCACGCAAAGAAAUUUGAGGCUUCAGGAUUCUGUUAUGUGAACGAUAUUGUCAUUGGAAUCCUGGAAUUGCUAAAGUACCAUCCACGUGUCCUAUACAUUGAUAUUGAUAUUCACCAUGGUGAUGGGGUGCAGGAAGCCUUCUACCUGACUGAUCGAGUUAUGACUGUAUCUUUCCACAAGUAUGGGAACUACUUUUUUCCUGGAACAGGUGACAUGUACGAAGUUGGUGCAGAAAGUGGCCGGUAUUAUUGCCUGAAUGUUCCCCUCCGGGAUGGAAUCGAUGACCAAAGUUACAGGCUCUUGUUUCAACCAGUUAUCAAACAGGUGGUGGAUUUCUACCAGCCGACAUGUAUAGUGUUACAAUGUGGUGCGGAUUCUCUCGGCUGUGAUCGUCUCGGUUGCUUCAAUCUCAGUAUAAAAGGACAUGGGGACUGUGUAGAGUUUGUGAAAAGCUUCAACAUUCCUCUACUGGUGAUGGGAGGUGGGGGAUACACUGUUCGAAACGUUGCUAGAUGCUGGACUUUUGAAACCUCGUUGCUUGUUGAUGAAGAGAUAAGCGAUGAGCUGCCUUACAACGAAUACUUUGAAUACUUUGCUCCGGACUUCACACUUCACCCAGAUGUGAGCACCAGGAUCGAAAACCAGAACACCAGGCAGUACCUGGAUCAGAUCAGGCAAACAAUCUUUGAGAACCUGAAGAUGUUGAAUCAUGCUCCCAGUGUCCAGAUUCAUGAUGUGCCUUCAGACUUACUGAGCUAUGAGCGGACAGAUGAACCUGAUCCAGAGGAGCGUGGGUCAGAGGACAACUAUAAUAGGCCGGAAGCUGCAAAUGAGUUUUAUGAUGGUGACCACGAUAAUGACAAGGAGAGUGAUGUGGAAAUAUGAGAUCGCUGGCUAUCGUGAAUUGGAGCAGACGUUCAGGACUGAUAGGCGUAGCGCCGCACCACACUGGUGAACUGGGCUACCACAAGCCACACAGACUGGUGCUGUGUCUCAAGGGCUAGAGGACAAGAACUGCCCACUGCCAUCCUCCUUCCUACUAGAGAAGGCCAAUCCCGAGUGUGGCUUGUGGGUCAGUAUCAGUCCAUAAAGUGCAAGAAGCAAUUCCUCAGCUCCAGUAUGGACACCUUUUGUUUGGUUUUGGAAACAAAAAUUAAGACUUGAUUAUUGAAUGAGGUUCCUUUGCUUUAACUGAGAAUGAGAGUUUUGUUUUUGGUCAGAGUUGCUCAGUGGGCAGCUAUGGCAUGACGGACAGCAGGUUUCUCCACAUGGCAUCUGGCUGAAUCUUUAUAGCGCCUUUUACGGUCAUAAAACUGCAGUUCACAGGCCAUACUGGGCACCAAAACUUCGAAGAGAUGAAAAAACGCACAGUAAGUAUGAAGAUUUUGUAGGACAUUUUUAGCCACUGAUGAAUAUGCUGUUCUCCUGACAACCAGUAGCUUGUGGGAAAUUGCAGUAGUGUUGUCACAACUGCUUCCAGCUGUGGUGUCAGGAUGAUUGGACCUGUCAGUAGAAUACACAAAGUUUUUACCCAUCAUUCUCGACCUGAUUCUCUCACUUCCCAUUCCUCAUGUGAGCUGGGAUAUGGGAUGUUAUGUCCUUCUAGUUUGUCAAAUUAUUAAUGUGGUUAUUGUGUAGAUUAUCAUCCCUCGCCCAUCUUUUGUUUUGUACAAAAUAUGUUCUUGUGCGGUAGGAUAUCUGGAAUAUAGUUAUUUGCACAGUUGUGUGACUCAUUUUGACUCCCUUUUUCCUCUGCUGAAGUUAUUGUUCUUGUCACAGUUUGACACAAACUUGCUGCCCAUUUGCCACCCAGAUCACCACAUCAAAAUGUUUGUAUUUUAUAUUUUACACUCUUGAAGUAAGUGUAGUGCAUUUGACAACUGAGCAGAUUAUGGGAUGGGGUUAUUGGGGAACUUGGAACAUAAUUGGGAUUAAUUCAAAACUGAAACAUUUGCUUUAAAAUGUUUCCAUAUAGAUUCAAUUCUGAAAAAAGCAGUUCUCAUAUUUUCCAGUAAUCCUAUAAAUGGAGCUAAAAGUGCAGAUUAAACAACACUUUAGCACCCAGAAAUUUCACUCUAAAAUGUGAGAGGCCUAAACCUCAAAAGAAACAGCUUGUCAUAGCCUGUCAAUCAUCCCAACACAAUUUACGUGCUGACAUGUCAGGAAGGACACUUCUUGCCAAGAUCUGAACUGAGAUUCUUCAUUCAAGAAAGACACCAGUUGAUGUCAGUGUUGUAUCUAUUAGGAAACUUCCUCAUGGCGGAUGGGUUAACAUAUACUGUCUUGAUCUGGUAUUCUGUAAGCUCUGAUCAACCUCCAAUCUUACGACAUCAAAAACCAUUGCCAAGCCUCGGCAUUAUAUUUACUUCAAUGUUCAGUCUUUGUACAUAACGUUGCUUUUAUCUUUUGCAAAACAAAGUACAUUUUUUCAUAUUAAAAUGGUUUGUAUAUCUA